AUGGCAGAUAAAACUCAAAGAGAUAUUUCAACACAAAAGAAUGAUUGGAACGCCAAUAUUCCAAAUCCAGUCAAUAGCAAUCCUCAGUUUAUGGGCGACUAUCCUUUACCUAAAGAAACUAAAUCGAAAAUUCCUGAUAUUGAACCACCUAUUGAAAAUGCAAGUGACUCAUUGUCGACUCGUCAUCCACCACGUCCACCUGGGCCAGCAUUAGGACCGUAUUUGCAGUUUAUUACUACUGAUUUAAAACAAAUGCUAUGGAUUGGUAGCGUAUUAAUCUUUCGACACGUUUCGUACGAUCGACCGACGAUUGAGUUUACUUGCCAAGCGAAAGUGGACUAUAAUUGGGAAGUUUUGUACGAGAAUCUUUUCAAUUUAUGUGCCUAUCGUGUGAAUGUUCAUAUUGAACUUCGUGCCGGCGAAGGCGAAGAAAACGUACGUUGGAUGAUCGAUUGGGGUAACAAGAAAAGUACAGGUGUGUUUUUUAUUCCUCACCUCGAUGAAAAAUGGCGUGGAGGUUUCUUCUCGUGCAAUGGAUUCGAUGCGUACGUACCUGAAGAAGUUGCCGCAGACUUAACUUUUACAAAUGUAUGGAAACAUCUACUUUCAAUUCAUGAACAAACUCAUCUACAUGUAUUACUAUGGGGUGGAGAUCAAAAUUAUAUCGAUUUCAUCUUUGAAGAUAUUCCGUUUCUUCGUGCUUGGCUCAAUAUGGACUGGAAUGCUAAAUGGACAACAGAUUUUCGUGACGAUCUAAAAGAACAAGUUGAACAGUACCAUUUUAACACGUAUAUUGAAAAUUGGCAACGACGUUCGGAAAUCAAACAAGCCCUGUCGUCAAUUCCGAGUUUAAUGAUGUGGGAUGAUCACGAUAUCUUCGAUGGUGCUGGUUCUUAUCCUCCACUACUUCACGAUAGUCCAAUGAUGAUGGGAUUGUUUCUUGCAGCACAGAAGAUGCGAUUGUUAUUUCAACACCAUACUACAUUAGAGAAAGCUCGCGAGCAUCGACUAUUCGGGCAUGAAGGAUACAACUUUUUGGCUCGUUGCGGUCGACAUUUAGCGAUCAUGGGUGCAGACGGACGAACGGAACGUGAUACAGAAACAGUUCAUCACGAAAAUACUUGGCAAAUGAUAUUUGAUCGACUGGGAAAUGAACUGGAUGAUAUUGAACACCUGAUUAUUUUAUUUCCUGUUCCAUUCUCAUUCAUACGUGUUCGUCUGGCUGAAUCAAUAUUCGAACUUCUGAAGAAUCUUCCAUACAGAUGUCGCACAGCUCCAAUAGUUAAGAAAACCAAUUCAAUCUUUGGUUUGCCUGAACUUUAUGAUGAUCUGCUCGACGAAUGGACACAUCGGAAUCAUAUUGAAGAGCGCAAUCGUGUUCUUAUUCGUUUGCAAAAGCUUGCUGAAGAACGAAAAGUUCGAAUUACAUUCUUUAGUGGUGAUGUUCAUUGCUGUGGAAUCAGUCGAUUCCGAACUCGCGAAUCACAGCAAAUACGACCGAUCAACGAUCCAAAACUCAUGUAUCAGAUCAUUUCCUCCGCAAUUGUAAAUAUGCCUCCGUCGAAAAUGGCGAUUCGUAUUGCACAUCGUUUCAGAACCAAAUGGCAUCCAGUUGAUCAGACCGAAGAAGAAGUGCUCGACUUUUUCCAGCGGAAACCGGAAACCGGUGGGAAAAUUUUCCAUAAAAAAUUCCGUCCGAAUCGAAAUUGGUGCCUCUUUGAGCAAUGUUCCAACAUGAUCUCAUCAAGUGUUCCUAUUGUACAAACAAAAUGUCUUCAUUGUUUUCCAUGUCGAGACAAUACGUCGACAGUCGAACCUGUGACUUCUGAUCAACAACAACAACAACAACAUAUCGAAACAAAAGACUUGAGAAUUCGUUUAUGGUUGGAAAGUGAUGUGCAAAAUCAAGAAGAAAGACACUUUGCUAGUUAUGAUUUAUUUAUUCCUCAUCUUCAAUAA